AUGACAAACGAGGCUGAAACAACACGUUUAACGUCUCCAGAUGAGAUGGAUUAUUUAUUAGAAAGGACCGGGAUCAACGCCUUGGAUGGAAUCAUCAGUCAAGGCGAAAGUGCAGGCAUUGAUGAUACUACGAAUGAUACUGUUCAGGACAAUAGUUAUAAUUCUUCUCGACAAGGUUCCCCUAGUAUUUUGAGUGUAACCAAGAGCAUUGAAGGGGAAAGGGGACGUAGAAAACUAUUCUGUUUGUAUGGUCUUGUCAUGAUUAUCUGUAUUGCAGAGUCUAUAUCCAUGACAGCUGUGAUCCCACUAGUUAUGGAUAAGGUUGCCGAAGGAAUUGCAGAUGAUGAUGGACACUACGAUGAUGUAGCCGUGCAGACAAUAGUCUCCGGCAUUUCUUCUUCUACCAUGAUGAUAGCGGGGGCAAUUAGUAUUUUCAUGGCUGGUAAGUGGGGAGAAUUAUCCGAUAGGAUAGGUAGAGUGCGUGUUUUCAAAUACAUGAGCGGCAUUAGAGUCAUUGGACUGCUAACUCACGUAUUUACUCUAUCAUCGAAGAUGAGGUAUCACAAAUGGGCUAUUAUUCUCACUGCCUGCAUCGUUCCAUCAUUUGGUGGAUUAUUUGCACUAGUAGCGAAUGGAAAUAGUUACGUUUCAGAUAUAGUGAAAACUGAACAUAGAAUGGUGACAAUAGGGAUAAUGAUGAGUUGUAUAUACGCCACUAUGGGCAUAGGUCCAAUGUUUGGAUCCUUCCUAGUCAAGUUAACUAGUGGCAACGGGUUUAUCCCUAUCUACACGUCUAUAGUGUUUGUCAUAUUGGCAUUCAUAAUAUGUGAGACGAUUAUGAUAGAGCCGCGCCAUGAAACCCAGAUGGCACAUUCUCAAUCGAGCUAUACAAGAAGGAGAGAGAAAUUAAGGUCUCAAUCAGGUUCCGAUGAUACAAAGAAUUACCAGUCUGUUACGUAUGGAAAAUUUCAAAUAAUGAGGUUAAUGGAUCUGCUUUCUCCUGUAAAGAAACUAUGGCUGAAACCCGACAGUGCGGGUUCCUUGGUGCCGCGGUACACCGUUAUCUUACUAGUUGUACUUGAUAUACUAUUUGUCUGCGGUACCACAUCAUGCAUGCCGGCUUUGGUUUUAUUUUCUACAUACGAGUACAAAUGGCACGCGGUGGAACUAGGCUAUUUCAUAUCUAUAUUGGGAAUCGGAAGAGGCGUUGUGCUACUGAUCGUGUCGCCAGCACUACUCUACGCACUGAAACGGAUUUAUCAACAUUUGAAUCAUUCAAUAGAUAAGAUAGAUAUCUUUUGCAUACGGUUUUCUAUGAUCGUCAUAACAAUGAGUCUCUUUGUCAUGAUACGAUUUGGCGAGAAAACUUCUACGUCUAUGGUCAUAUUCGCUCUCUUACAAGCAUUGAGCGCCUUCUGCUCACCAACUUUGCAGUCUGCCAUUAUUAAAUACACCUCCAAGAAGCAUACAGGUGAGAUGUUCGGAGCAAUGGCUUUAAUAAGAUCCUGCGUAAUGCUUGUCAUUCCACCGGUUCUCCUUAAGCUGUACGGCGCUACUGUCUCUGUCAAUCCCGGUUUGUUUAUAUAUAUACCGUUCUCAACAAGUAUUACUGCCAUCCUGUUGACAUUUUUCCUAAGAAUUUACCAGAACCCUUCGUUGGAGGGGCCUUGA